GGAUGUCUGCUUCUUCUGCGACCCCGGAAGCACUAGGGACUUUGGAUUGUUGUCUGGCGAGAGGGCAAGAUGGAGUGUCGAAGAUUGAUUAAGGAGUAGAGCCUCUUGGAUCAGCACUACAAACAAAAUGUCAUGGCUACAGUCUGCAAUUAGCCAGUGCUAUGAAGAUGUAUUUGAUGAAAAUGCAGAUGAGAUGGACAUAGCCCAGAAAGAAUGGAAGAGUGCAAUGGAGAAACGAGUCAAGGAGGGCUAUAGGGAAGGUGUUGAGGCUGGGAAAGUGGUAACACUUCAACAAGGCUUCAAUCAGGGUUACAAAGAAGCAGUAAGGGUGAUGUUUGAAUGUAGCCAGCUCAAAGGAACCAUAAGUGCUCUUCUGUCUUGGUAUCAUCACAAUAAACACAGCCCUGCAAUGCUGAACGAGAUGACUGAUCUGCUGAAUCAAUUAAGAAUAUACGAGGAACUUAUGCUUAAGAAUUUAAAUUGUAUAAACCCACAACCCAGUGUUGGAUAUUUGCUACAUACUCUUAAUGACAUGGAUCUUGAUCAUGAAUACUGCGCUGUUGAACAACAUAGUAUAACAUGUGCUGAGCUUACUAAAAAUAGUUGCAGAAAUAAUGGAACAGAUUCAUUUCAAAAUGAAUGCUGUGGCAGCACAGAAGAUCACAAAAGUUCUAAAAGAGCAUCCCUUUCUUGGCUUAAAGAAAGAACUGCCAGUAUCAUGGAACAAUUUGGUUUAUCUUCAGACACAGUUAAACAUACAUAGCUCUUGGCAAAAUAAUGUCUAAUUUUAAAUUAUAUUUAUUUCUUUUAAUCAUUUUUGACAAUCACAUGAUCACAGGACACUGACAAUCAUAAAUACAAGAAUUGAACACAAAGUUGAGAUUAUCUUAAUUUCAAGCUGUCAUUUCACAAGGCAAGACUACCUGUAUGGUUUCAACAGAUUAUGGUAAUUAUAUUUCAUCUUUAUUAUUUUUAUAAAUAAUCCUGUGGCUGUCUUUCAUGCUGUUAGAGGCUGGGCCCUGGAUAGGGAACAACAGGCUUCACCUGAACUCUGAUAAGGGAGUACUUAUGGAUAUAUGGAGCCUCUGGAGUUUUAUCUUUA